AUGGGUGGCGAGACGAAACGCAGCAUGGUGCCCACCACCUCCGCCAGCUACCCGCAGCUCGCCGAGCGACCCAAAGGCAAGCUGAUCCACAAUCUGUACGUCGAUCGGCUGGGACAGUUCACCGACGGCGGGCAAUACAGAGCCCAAGGUCUGCUCGAUAAACUGUAUGAUGGCCGCUUGGCAGGUGAUGACAACGUCAAGCUCCAUGUUUGGAGUGCUCCCGGCCAGUCACGACCGACUUUUGAGGAAGCAACGAGCAAGAAGAACGAAUACCGCCAGACGCACGUAGGCGAGUCGUUCGGGCCGAGUUGGACUACGCAUUGGUUUAGAGUGCAGUUCAAGCUGCCAAUGGAAUGGACGGAGAAGCCUCAAGUGGAGCUGCAUUGGGACUCCAACAGCGAGGCCAUGGUGUGGACGGAGGAUGGGAAGCCGUUGCAAGGCUUGACCGGUGGAGGGGAGAGAACAGAAUGGGUCGUCCCAGACAAGUGGCGGGUGCCUGACAAGGAGCACACCCUGUACAUCGAAAUGGCAUGCAACGGCAUGUUUGGCAAUCCUCCCGGCGACGUCAUCCAGCCACCUGAGAUGAACCGCUAUUUCCAACUCGCUAUGGCUGACAUUGUAAGUGUGAACGUGGAAGCUCGAGCGCUGUUCUACGAUUACUGGAUUAUCGGCGAUGCUGCGCGAGAGUUCCCGCAGGACAGCUGGCAGGAGCAUCAAGCGCUGCAAGUCUGCAAUGAGAUCAUUGACUGCUUCAUUGCCGGUGAGGGCUCACAGACUUGCAUCAAGGAAUGCCGAAGAAUAGCCAAGCGGUUCUUGGGUUCCGAGAUCGAUUCUGAAGCUGUCUACGACAACGAGAAUAACGGCACAGAGCCCGCCAUUGUCAAUGCCAUCGGCAACUGCCACAUUGAUACCUGCUGGCUGUGGCCUUGGGACGAGACAAAGCGGAAGAUCGCGCGAUCGUGGUCGAACCAGUGUGAUUUGCUCGACCGCUACCCAGAGCACCGCUUCGUAGCAAGCCAGGCGCAACAAUUCAAGUGGCUGGAACAACUGUACCCGUAUGCAUGGGACCGUGUGAAGGAGCACAUCAAGAAGGGCAACUUUCAAACUAUCGGCGGCAGCUGGGUUGAACACGAUACCAACCUGCCUUCCGGCGAGUCACUGGUAAGGCAGUUCUUAUACGGUCAACGCUUCUUCGAAUCGAGAUUCGGAGAGCGGUGUCAAACAUUCUGGCUGCCCGACACCUUCGGGUACAGCACUCAGCUUCCACAGAUUUGCCGUCUAGCGGGCAUGACGCGCUUCUUCACGCAAAAGUUGAGCUGGAACAACAUUAACAAGUUCCCGCACACUACCUUCAACUGGGUCAGCUUAGACGGCAGCCAAGUCAUCUGCCACAUGGCGCCUUGCGAAACAUACACUGCCGACGCGCACUUCGGCGAUGUCAAGAGAAGCGUGACGCAGCAUAAAAGCAUGGAUCAGGAUGCGACGAGCUUACUGCCAUUCGGCAAAGGCGACGGUGGCGGCGGCCCAACCUUCGGCAUGCUGGAGAAGCUGCGCAGAUGCAGAGGCAUGGCUAACACCGUGGGCUUACUGCCGAAGGUAAAGGUCGCGGAGAGCGUGGAUGACUUCUUCGACCGCAUUGAGCGGAAGGUGGCGGAGCGUGAAACGGAACUGGUGACGUGGUACGGCGAGCUGUACUUCGAGCUCCACCGUGGCACCUACACGACCCAGGCGAACAAUAAGCGGAACAAUCGAAAGGCGGAGGUGCUGUUGCACGACAUUGAGUAUCUAGCCACACUGGCCACGAUCAAAGGCGACAAGGGGUAUAAGUACCCGAAGAAGGAGAUCGACUUUAUGUGGGAGGCGGUGCUGCUUUGUCAGUUCCAUGACUGCUUGCCGGGGAGUGUCAUUCACAUGUGUGUGGAUGACUCAAACAAACUGUAUGCGCAAGUAUCCGAGAAGGGCGAAAAGGCGUUGCAUGGCGCGUUGAACGCUCUCGGCUUUGAUACCGACAAGCAGAAUGCGUUCUAUCAAGACCAAUAUGUGCUUCUCCAGACGCUCGGCUGGCAGCGGCAGCCACCGAACCGGAUGACUGUUCGUUGCCAAGCGAGCGUGGAGCAGGUGGCCGACAACGUCUUCGUUCUUGAGAAUCCGGCUCUGGCGGUUACUGUUGAGGGAGGUGUCAUCACAUCUCUGUACGACAGGAAAGCGAGGCGGGAGGUUGUUGCCAAGGGCAGCAAAGCGAACCAGCUGGUCAUCUACGACGACAAGCCACUAUAUUGGCAAGCAUGGGACGUGGAAGUCUUCCAUCUCCGAUCUCGAAAGGAACUCCGAUCAAGCAGCCAAACCACCAUCACCUCAACCAGCCCUGAGCGCGUCAGCGUCAGCACCACGACAAAGAUCUCCGAGAAGUCAUGGAUUAAGACUACCAUCUCGCUGUCUGCGCUUGCCGGCAGCGACGAGCCGGCGAUGGUGGAGACGGAGGCGGAAGUCGAAUGGCAUGAAACGAUGAAGUUCCUCAAGGUCGAGUUUCCGACCACUAUCACGAAUACGGAAGCGAGUUACGAGACGCAAUUCGGCAUUAUCCGCCGCCCAACGCACUACAACACCAGCUGGGACAUGGCGAAGUUUGAAGUCUGCUGCCACAAAUGGGCCGACUUAUCAGAGCAUGGUUACGGCGUAAGUGUCCUCAACGAGAGUAAGUAUGGCUUCGCAACUGCGGGUAACGUGAUGAGGCUGUCGCUACUCCGUGCACCGAAGGCGCCCGACGCAACGGCGGAUAUGGGAAGGCAUCACAUUCGCUGGGCCAUCAUGCCGCAUAUCGGGGGAUUGGACGAGAGGACUGUGAGGGCCGGAUACGAGUUUAAUUACCCGCCGAGAGUGCACAAGCACUCGACACCGGAGCGGAUACAGGAGCUCAUGGGUGCUUUCAAGCUCGUGCCUGGCAGUGAUCCGGGCCUGGUUGUUGACACAGUGAAGCGAGGCGAGGACGAUGAGGACGCGGGUAAUGGCGAUAUGCCGCCGAGGAAGGGCCGCCAUGUUGUUCUGCGUGUGUACGAUAGUCUGGGCGGACUUUGCAGAGGGUACGUGGCGUUCGGACCGGUGGGCGUGAAGAAGGCGUGGAAGUGUAAUUUGCUUGAGGAUGAGCUGGAGGAGGUGAAGCUCACGGACAAGGGCCUGCCUGUCGAGCUGAGAGCGUUCGAAGUUGCCAGCUACAAGCUAUUGCUGGAGUAA